CUCCCACCGCCAUUUGCAAUUCAUAUAGUUUUAUGUGCUUGUGCUGGGUGUUGACCGCGCCAACUUAUCUCUUUUGCUGAAAAUUUUUCAACAAUUCUUCAUUAAAUUCAGUGAAAAAUAAUUUAAAAAAACUCUUUUCAAAAACUUUAAUAAAGUAUUGAAAAAGUGAUAUAUCCAAUUUAUUAACAAGAAAUAACCAAUAUGAAACGAGGCGAUAACCAACAAAUGCACGAUGAUGGAGGUCCACCACAAAACAAGAGGCAACGUGGUGGUGGCGGCGGCGGUGGUGGUGGCCACGGCGGAGGCAAUAAUGAUGAACAAGUCCGAUUAUUGAUUCCCAGCCGUAUUGCUGGUGCUGUCAUUGGCAAAGGUGGCCAACACAUUCAGAAGAUGCGUUCUCAGUAUAAAGCCACUGUGUCUGUCGACGAUUGCCAAGGCCCCGAACGUACAAUUUUAAUUGCCACUGAUUUGGAUUCAACGCUUAAAAUCAUAACUGAAAUGCUGAAAUACUUUGAAGAGAAAGAUGAUGAAGUCGAUGUUCGCAUUCUUAUUCAUCAGAGUCUUGCGGGUUGCGUUAUUGGUAAAGGUGGCGCUAAAAUCAAGGAAAUUCGCGAUAAAAUCGGCUGCAGAAUUUUGAAAGUAUUUUCGAAACCAGCACCGCAAAGUACCGACCGCAUUGUCCAAAUUGUUGGAAAGUCUGAUCAAUGUACAGAAGCUGUACGCGAUGUUAUUACUUUGACCCGGGAGACCCCAAUCAAAGGAAUGAUAUACAAUUAUGAUCCUAUCAACUUCGAUGACGUGUAUUCUGAUGAAUACGGCGGCUAUGGAGGUGGUGGCGGCGGUGGCCAACAGAAUGGUGGUAACAAUGGCGGAGGCGGAUUCCGUGGCGGUGAACGUCAGUCUCGAUUCGAUGGUGGUCGAGGUGGUGGCGGCGGCGGUGGUGGCCGUGGAAUGGGAGGAGGUGGCGGCGGCGGUGGUGGAGGCGGUGGCAAUGGUGGCAACCGCUUUGGAGGCAAUAAUGAUCGCGGUCGAGGUGGUGGUCGCAACGAAGACCGCAGUCGAAGUGGUGGUCGGCGCGAUAGAGAAUAUAUUAGUCCAUGGGCCAGUGAUAACGGUGGUGGCGGCGGCGGCGGUGGUGGUGGUAUGGGAGGAGGCGGUGGUGGCUUCGGUGGUGGAAUGGGCGGAGGAGGCUCUGGUGGAUUCGGUGGAGGAAGUGGAGGUGGAAGCGGUGGCUUCGGCGGCAGUGGGGGAGGCAGCUUUGGCGGCGGUAAUAGUAGCUUCGGUGGUGGAAGUGGAAGUCUAGGCGGAGGUGGAUUCGGUGGAGGCAGUAGUGGAUUCGGUGGAAGUGGAUCAAUGGGUGGAGGAGGCGGUGGCUCCUUUGGCGGUAGUGGUCUUGGUGGAGGAAACUUUGGAGGUAGCUCGGGAGGAGGUUUCGGAGGCGGUAGCUCCAUGGGUAAUUCAGGAGGAGGUGGUGGUGGCUUCGGAGGAGGCAACCUAGGAGGUGGUUCAUUUGGAGGAAGUGGAGGCGGAGGUGGUAGUGGAGGUGGAAGUGGAUUCGGCGGCGGAUCGUCCCUUGGAAACGGUAUGGGAAGUCUUGGCGGCGGCGGUUCCGGUGGAAUGGGAGGAGGCCAAAGUGGUGGCGGCAGCGGAGGUGGAUCGUUUGGUGGUAAUAAUAACAUGAAUGGAGGAGGUCAAACACAGCAUGAUCCCAAGAACAGUACCCAAGUAACGAUUCCAAAAGACCUCGCUGGUGCUAUAAUUGGUAAGGGAGGCGGUCGCAUUAGACGCAUCCGUAACGAAUCCGGCGCAUACAUUACCAUUGAUGAGCCACUACCUGGAUCCACCGAUAGAAUUAUUACCAUUUCUGGUAAUCCAAAGCAAAUACAAAUGGCCCAGUAUCUACUCCAACAGAGUGUACAUGAAAACAGGAGAAAUGAUUUUUAAAUUUUAAUUCUAAACUUAAAAUCGAAACUAAAACAAAACAAAAUAAUAAUACCAUCAACAAAAACACAGAGCAUAAGAAGAGUAAAAAGUAGAGUGACAGAGAGAGACAAAGAAGAGAAUAACCGAACCGAACAGAGCCACUGAACAAUAAGCAUAGAAAACAGUAAAUGUUCAUCACUUUCCUGUUCACACAGCAAUAACAACAACAACAACACCAACAUCAACAACUCAAAUCCCUUUUUACAUUAAUAAUUAUUUUUAUUAUUAUAUAUAUAAUGUAUAAUUGUAUUCCACCAUAGUAAAUAAUAAUUAACCGACUACUUUUUAUCACAUUUAAUUAAAAAAAAUUAAAAAUUUGUCUAGAAUCUAAGAAACAAUUAUUAUGAUGAUGAAGUCCACUGCAUGUAAAAGAAUUACAAGAAAUAAAAACAAAAUAAAAAAAUGCAAAAAAUUUUAUAAAUCACGUUUAUAUCUACAUACAAAAGAAAAACAAAAAAAAAUAGCAGAAAAUCACGAGUACAAAUAUUCAAAGAAAAACAAAACUAAGUCUUUAAUUCACAAUACCAACAACAACCAACAAAACAUUAAAAUAAAUCUAAAUCUUAAUAAAAAAAAGAAAUUGAAUUAUAAUUCUGUAGAGCUUUUGAUGAUGAUGAUAUUGUAUUAUGAAGUAAAGAUGAAACUUGGCUACACAUAGCCAUUAAAACGAUUUUUGUUUAGAAAAUAAAAAUAGUAACUUUUAACUUCUAAUGUAGUAUAUAAAAAAACUUUUGUCUGUUGAAAAUUUAAGCGCGAGUAAAUUCUAUACUCUAUGAACAAAAAAAUAAAUUUAAAAAAAAAAACUAGAACAACGUGCAGCUGCAAAAACUUUGCAAUUUUGUAGUCAGAAAAAUAGUAAUUCUUUUACUUGAUGGAAAAUUUAAAAUUAAGUUUUAAAAAAACAAAAAUGAAGAAAAACAAAAAUGCUUAAAAUAAAAGCGAAAAAUUGUACACAAAAGAAAACAAAAAAUAUGUUAAGCUAAAAAAUCAUUUUCUUAAUCAUGUACGUCUUACCAAAACAGUCAAUAAAGCGAUCGCUUGAUUUUGUAAAAAAAAA